GAACAAUUGAUCAAUAAGGAAAGGUUCUUGUUCGUGCGAGGUCUACGGUGGCUUCGGUUGUGACUAAAAAAGGGAGCUCGAGUAUCAAUCAAUCAAAAAGACAAAAAAAAAAAAAAAAAAAAAAAAAAUUAGUUGGAGCAACAACUUCUUAGCUAGCUAGACAUAUCUUUCUGGUUCAGUCAUUACCCACAAACCUAAGAUCUUUACUUUUAAACAAAUUGCGUUCCUUUUUUGGUCAUCUUUAUUCCUUUCCAGUUUCUCCUCUGGUACAGACCCUCUGGGUUUUUUGCCAAUUUGAUUUCCUCAGCUGCUUCCUUUUCUGGCUUUUAUCCGCCAUUUCAUGAUUAAAGCUCUCGUGGGUUUAUUGCCUAUUUGCAUUUACUCUCUUGCAUCCUUAAAUCAAUCCAUCAAGACGGUUGCUUCUUCAACCGGGUUGUCUGGUCUCGAUUUGCUCCCAAGGCUCAGAUUUUUGUAGUCCCUCCACUUUCUUACCUGGAAAGGAGAAACCUUUUCUGCUGGGUGUAGUCUAUCUGGUAUAGAGAGAUGGUGAGAGGGAAGACACAGAUGAGGCGCAUAGAGAACGCCACAAGCAGGCAAGUUACCUUCUCUAAGCGGAGAAAUGGGCUGCUGAAGAAGGCUUUUGAAUUGUCAGUUCUUUGUGAUGCUGAGGUUGCCCUUAUUGUCUUCUCUCCUAGAGGAAAGCUCUAUGAAUUUGCAAGCACAAGCAUGCAGGAGACCAUUGAACGUUAUCGAAGGCACGUGAAAGAAAACAACACAAACAAGCAGCCUGUUGAACAGAACAUGCUGCAACUAAAGGAAGAAGCAGCAAGCAUGAUAAAGAAGAUAGAGCAUCUUGAAGUUUCGAAACGAAAGCUACUGGGAGAAUGUUUGGGAUCAUGCACUGUUGAAGAACUACAACAGAUCGAACAACAGUUAGAGAGGAGUGUAAGCACCAUCCGUGCGAGAAAGAACCAGGUUUUCAAAGAACAGAUCGAGCUACUAAGACAAAAGGAGAAGCUACUGGCAGCUGAAAAUGCAAGACUGUUUGACGAGUGUGGUGCACAGUCAUGGCCAGUCUCAAGGGAACAGAGAGAUUUACCCCGUGAAGAUCUGAGAGAAAGCAGUUCAAUUUCGGAUGUGGAGACGGAAUUGUUCAUUGGACCACCAGAAACAAGAACAAAGCGCAUCCCUCCAAGAAACUAGUGGUGAAUGCCAUCUUACUGCGAGACCAACCUUUUCAUAUUCUUAAGACUCUUGCUAAUGCUAUGUUGCACCUGCGCAAGCAAUAAUUAAGGCAAUAGUAUUAUUUUAAGAGAAAUAUAUAUGCUGUCUGUUAAAAAAGCUACCAUGAUUGAUUGAGAUCAACUGUAAACAGAGUACUUAAAUAUUGUAAUUUGGUAUAUAUUUGACGUAUCGUUAGACUUUCCCUUGUA